UUGUGUAGUUGACGGGCGACUUUGUAACGUAAAGUAAAAAAUAUCGUAACGUAUUUCGUAGUUAAAAGUGUAACAAAAUGGCUAAGAGGAAAAAUAAACAUUUGAUAGAUUCAGAUUCCAGCAGCGAAUGUUCAGAUUUGGAUUCGCAAUUCCUCAACUUGGCAAAGAAAAAAAAGAAACCCGGAGACUCUCCACCGCCGCCUAAAUCAAAGAGUAAAUCUUCAGACAGUGAAUCUGAUUGGGACGACGAUGACAAGAAAAAUGACAAAACAUCGUCAUCAUCCGGUUCCGAAUCGAAUAGCGAUGCAAGAAGCGAUACGUCGAAAAAGAAAGAGCCAGCUAAGACGAGUAGAAAAAGUUCCUCAGACCAUUCGGAGGAGACGAAGAAACAGGAACCAAAAAGAAGUGAAGUCAGAAAAAGCACAGACAGCGCUGGAUCGGGGAAGAGGAAAGAUGUAUACAGUGAACCGGAAGAAGGUGAAGUAUCGUCACAUUCAUCAGAUAAUGAUUCGAUAGAUUCUGAAGAGGAAUUUGAUGAUGGCUACGAUGAGAAUCUCAUGGGAGAUGAAGAAGAUAGAGCUCGGUUGGCGGCCAUGUCUGAGAAAGAACGUGAACAAGAGAUAUUCAAAAGAAUAGAGAGGCGGGACUUGAUGAAGACAAGGUGGGAGAUCGAGCGCAAGCUGCGGCUGGCGCGGCGCUCGGCGGCGGAGCGCGGCGCGUCGCCCGCCGAGCUGGCGCGCCGCCGGGACGCGCGCAAGCGCCGCCGAGAGCUGCGCGCGCGCCGCGCCUGCCGCCGACAGCGCCACCACGAGCGCCGCGAAUCCGAAAAGGAAGAGCCGAAGGAGCCUGAAAUAGAAAAGGAGAAUCCACCCGAGAGUCCCGGCGAAAUUCGAGACGACCCCAAAGAUGAAGAGCGCUCGGCGUCGCCGCUGUUCGGCGCGAAGACGGAGCGCAAGCGCAACGUGGACGACCGGCGCGUCAACGCCAUGGCGGCGCUGCGGGCGCAGCGGGACGCGCGCGCCACGCGCGUCGAGAGCGAGCAGCGCAAGCGCGCCGAGCUGCAGCGCAAGGAGGACGACGACGACGCGGACGCAGAAAUAAUUGGUGGAACGAGCAAACAGAGUGUCAAGUUAAAAGCAUCGGAUAUAUACUCGGACGAUUCUGGUUCGGAUUCCGAAGAUAAUAAGUCACAAGGCCGGAGAAGUUCCUCGAGUUCGUCCUCAUCAGACGCGGAAGUGGAAGAGAAGAAGCGAGAAAGGGAGGAAGUUGAGGUCAAAUACGCAGAUACUAGGGAUCAGAUAAAUAAACUUAGAUUAAGCAGGUUUAAAUUAGAAAGAUUAGUACAUUUACCGUUCUUCUCCCGAGUGGUACAAGGCUGCUUCGUUCGUAUCGGCAUCGGGAAUAACAAUGGCAACCCCGUCUACAGGGUCGCCGAAAUAAUAGACGUAUACGAAACGGCAAAAGUUUAUAAUUUAGGUAACACGAGAACGAAUAAGGGCUUCAAGUUACGUCACGGAACCCAGGACAGGGUGUUCAGAUUGGAGUUCGUUAGUAAUCAGGAAUUUACAGAUAAUGAAUUUCAGAAAUGGCACCGAGCUAUAAAGGAAGCCAACAAGAAACCUCCGACUAUGGAUUUCGUUAGGAAUAAAAUUAGCGAAGUCAAAGAUGCGCUCAUGUAUGAGUUUAAGGAAGAAGACAUAGAAAAAAUUGUAGCUGAAAAAGAAAGAUUUAGAUCUCAUCCAACGAACUACGCGAUGAAGAAAACUCAACUCAUGAAGGAGAGAGACGUCGCCCAGCUGCGAGGUGACGAGGAGCUGGUGACGGACCUGAACGCCAAGCUGCAGGAGCUGGAGGAGAGAGCCAGUGCGCUGGACAAGACGCGGACCUCGUCCAUACAGAGCAUCUCGUACAUCAACAAUCGGAACAGAAAGCUGAACGUGGAGACGGCCGAGCGGGCCAUCAUGGAGGAGGUGAAGGCCAACAAGGGCAAGAAAAUGGACGACCCCUUCACCCGCAGACACACCAAGCCCGUCAUGAACUUCAAGUCGCAGGGCUCCCGCUCGCAGGAAUUGUUGAAGAACGAGCAAGCAGCUGCUGAAGAACAGAAGUUGAGAGAGGAAGACGAGAAAUUGAAUAAAGAGAAGAAUGAAAGAGAGAGAUUAGCGCAACAGACGGAAGAUGAUGUCGUUAAGAAGGAUAAAAACGCCCCCACUGACAACAGCAGCCUCUAUUCGCUACACGAUUUCGAUAUUAAUAUAGAAAUAGACCUGCCCAUACCGAAAGCGGUAUCGUCACAAUCGAAGCAGAUAACGAUCAAAGUGAAAGAAUCCGGUCCGAAGAGAUCAUUGAAUUUAGAAGAAUACAAGAAACGGCACGGUCUUAUAUGAAUGUUUUGCGAACGCUGUGCUGUGUUGUCCAAGGCUGGCUGUUACAAUAUAUAGCUAACUAUCAAACUUACAUAACUCUUUCAUUAAUAAUAAUUGAUAUAUGUCAGUAAUUAUUUAUGUUAAAAGGAUAUGUCGAAGAAUUUUUUCUUAGCAAUUUUAUAUGUUUAAUUGCAUGAAGUUCAACUUGCCAACUGUGUAUAUUGGUAUAUAUAUUAUAUUUAAAAGUUCAUGCAAAUCAUGUAUGCUAGAAUUUAUAUAAUGGUGACCACAUUCGAUCUGGUGGUUCACUAAAAGUGACCGUUUUUUUACUUUAUCUAUCUUUGGCCUUUAUAUAUUGAUAUAUAACUCUUCUUAUGUAAACUUUAUAUGAAAACUUUGCAGUUGAUAUAAAUAUAUAUAAAAAUUGUUGCGUCAUUCUUAAAUGUUAUAAAUAGCAAAUAUCUCUAUAUUUUUCUAAAAAAUAACUAAGUCCAGAUUUAAAUUCGAUGAUAAAAAUAAUUGUUUUUUUUUUAAUGUG